AUGAAGUUCGCCGCUAUUGCUGUUCUUGCCUCAUUCGUGAUCGUCGGUAUCUCCGCCGAGGACGCCUCGUCCUCCGAGGAGGGCUCCACGGGCUGCGGCUGGAAUGUCUGCUCCGAGAAUGACCCUCAAGUCUGUGGCAGUAACGGCGUCACGUACCAGAACCAAUGCGAGGUCGACAAGGACAACUGCCUCACCAACCAUUACUCCAAGUGGACAGUGCUGCACGAAGGCAUGUGCAGCAGGGCUGAGGGGGGACGUUAA